GAGAGAAAGUGUAGAGAGAGAAUGAAAGAAGGGAAAAGGAAAAGCUCAAGGCUUCAGUCGGAAGCCGCCGGAGCGGGGAGUAGCCGCAAGUUGGAUUUGGACGGAGUAGCUGCUGAGCGUCAAGAGAGGAAUGGAUAUCCUGAAGAUGCCGGCAGCAAAUGCGAGGAGGAACCGUUGGCCGGAGAAGGAGAAGGAGAAGGAGAAGAGAAGGAUGAAGCGCCUGAGGUGGUUCGUGUAGAAAAAGGAGAUGGCGAUGGUGUUGCUAAGAAAGUAAAACCAAAACUUGCUGAAGGUUUUUACGAGAUUGAAACUGUUAGGAGAAGGAGAACUGUAAAGGGUAAAGUCUACUAUUUGAUCAAAUGGCGUGGCUGGCCGGAGUCCGCAAAUACAUGGGAACCUGAGACGAAUCUGUCGUCCUGUACUGAUAUUAUUGAUGCAUAUGAAGAGAGCUUGAAGUCAGGGAAACUACGAAGGCGUAAGCGGAAGUUUGGGGCUACACAGACUCACCCCAAGAUAAAGCAGCAGCGGCGUUUCUCUGCACCUGUUGCUACAUAUAAUGUGCCAGCUGUGAGGGUUAGGAUAAUUGAGGAGCCUACACCUUCACCCCCUUUGAAUGUUUUGAAGGCUACAGAUCUUGUGGACAGUAAUGGUAGUGAAUUGAACAGCAAAGUAGAUGAAGUGGUGAAUGGAAAUGGUUUGAGAUUGAGAGAGCAAAAUGAGUUGAAUUUGAAGCUGAGUGAAUUAAAAGGAGCAACGUCAACUAAUGGGAACCCUGUGGAUAUAUCUGGUAAUGGUCUCACAAAUGGAUUUCCUAAGGUUAAUGGUGCAGAAUUUUAUCAGUCUGAUCGAUGUACUGGAGCUAAAAAGAGGAAAUCUGGUUGUGUUCGGAGAUUUAAACGGGAGACUACCUCAGCUGUGAAGGAUGAUACCCAAGAUGCUUUAGCAGGUGGUCCUUUGGCUACUUUUAUGCAGGAUGGAAGUCAUAAUCAUGUUAUGGUUGCUGAUGAUUCCAAAGAUGGGUAUACCAUUACACAACUUGUCAACCCUGUAAGCUAUAAAGCUUCUUUCUCCAAUGAUAUGCUGGAUGUCUCAGUGACCUUUGUUGCCAAGAGGGCCGAUGGAAAUUUAGUGCUGGUGGAUAACAAGUUUCUGAAGAUGAAUAAUCCACUUCUGUUGAUAAAUUUCUAUGAGGAGAAUAUGCGAUACCAUCCGACUGAAUGAGUUGCCUGCAAUGAAGGAAAUAUAUAUGUAGCUCGAUUAGCUUCAUCUCUUGUCUUAUCUAGUGUAUAAAAUGUUGUUAUUUACUGUUAGAACAAGCUGCAGGGUGUUAAUCUAUUAUGCUUAUUAGGAAGGCUAGUAAACAGAAUAUAUACUGUGAAAAACUUAUAUUAGGGUUUACUGUUUCCCGAUAUAAUAUGCUUCAGAGUUC